AUUUUCAGGAUAUCCCUGCAGCAAUUAAAGUCAAUUGCAUUGCCAUUUUUCAGCAAAAAGCAUUUAAGCCGGCAUUAUAGCAGGGAAUGCAACUUUUCUAGUUGAUCUACUUAGUUGCCAUAUAAAUUUAGAUUGUGUUUUUCUGCCAUAAGCAGGGAUAAAAAAAAGAGACAAGUUGUGUUUAUGACAGCAAAUGUGAUUUCUGCAUGGUGUGAAUCAGGACUCAGACUGGAGCCUGUGCAGCAGUGUUGUUUGCUUUUUAAAAAUGCCAUAAGGUGGAGAUGAGCUGUGAAAAUGAUUCCACCAUGUUUUGAGAACUUGGCUCCAAAGAUGCUGAUUCUCUCCUCCUCAGUGGGCCAAGCAGAAGCUGUGAGCGAGGAGGAGAUGCUUGCAGCACAGCCAUGGCUUCCAUGACAGGUAUUGUCACCCUAAUAAAACCUGCACAGAUGCAGAAAUACCCCCCACUCCCCCUACAUCUAUUUCGCCCCCACCAACAGGCUUAAAGGGUAUAAUUUACAGAAAAAUCUUUGUGUUUGUACAGUAAAUCUUCAAUAAGGGAUGGUGAGACAUCCAUAACAACAGGGGGAAACGGGUGAGGAGGGGGUCUGGAAUGAGCUCCAGUGGCGGGGGAGAUUUCUGUGCUGCUGCUGUCCUUCUUUUCUUUUCUUUUUUCCCUCCCCCCUUCUUUCUCUUCUUCUUUUGACACCUCGAAAGAGCGCAAGGAAGCUGUUGGAGAGGAGCUGAUAACAGAAGAAAUAGCUGAUCCGCCCUGAAAGAGCAGCGACGGAGGAACCUGCUCGUCUGGAUGAGAGACCCCCGCUGCGCGCAUCCGCGCGGCGCCGGAGCCGCGGCCGCGGAGGAGGCAGCAUCACCGCGCGGAUGAUCGCAUCCCUGAUCGCGCGCAGGUAUUACAGGCCAGAUUAGCGACCGGGCGGACAUCAGCUGUCGACGUUCUCCUCACGGAGAGGCGGGUUUUCAUCCGCAAAUGUGGGCUGCUGGAGGAGGGCCUGCUCGCUGGGAUUAAUCACUGAUCAUGUCGAGCCGAGAAGCACCGGUUUCCUUCACCGCCGCGCGGAUGAGACUCUCCGGUUUGACAUCUGCACCUGAAAUCCACCGACUGUGGUUCUCCAAGCCUAAGAGGAAAGAAAGGCUUUCCCCUUUAAAGCCACAAUGGGACUAACCUGAUUUUCUGUCAAUACUGCUGAAUGCCAGGUGUACAAUGUCAAGCUACCAGGUACCUGGGUUGGGUACAAAUCUAACAGAUCUCUCCGGGGAGCAGGAUUUAAGGAGUCAGGAGGCACACUGGUCCUCCACUGUGGGCAGCGUGGUGAAGAUGGUGCUCAUAUCUCUGAUUGUGUGCUUAUCCUUGUUUGGAAAUGUGGUCGUGCUCAUGGUGUUCCACAGGAAGCCUCAGCUCCUCCAUGUCGCCAACCGCUUUGUUCUCAACCUCCUCCUGGCAGAUCUCCUGCAGACCGUGUUAGUCAUGCCCUUUGCAAUUGCCGCCUCCAUGCCAGGUGUUUGGCCCCUGGAUGCGCGGCUGUGCCAUGCUCUUGUGGUGCUCAUGCACCUCUUUGCAUUUGCUGGAGUGAACACCAUCAUAGUGGUCAGCGUGGAUCGCUAUCUGGCCAUCAUCCACCCUCUGUCCUAUCCCACUCGGAUGACUCCUCAUUUGGGCACCAAUCUGAUCGUCUGCACCUGGGUGCUCAGUUUCCUGCAGAGCACACCCCCACUGUACGGCUGGGGGGCCAUUGACUUUGACCUGCACCACAAAGUCUGCACAGUAGUUUGGUCCUCGAGUUUGACCUACUCUGCCCUCGUCUCAACGUUCUCUUUCUGGCUGCCUAUGCUCAUCAUGCUCGGAUGCUACUGGAUGGUGUUCAGAGCGGCCCGGAGACAGAACGCUCUCGUCCACCCCAUACAGACACAGUCCUACACCCAACCCUUCCAACAAGACUUCCAGGGAUCUAGCAGUCCUCAGGAAUCAUCAAACCCUCAGCAGUCCUGCUCACCCGAAGGCCCCUACACUGCCAGAAGACACCCCGUCCGAGUCAGACACAGGCGUUUUCAUUACCACUGCAAGGCAGCUCGUGUUGUUUUCGUCAUCAUGGCCUCGUAUAUUUUAAGCAUGGGUCCUUACAGCGUGUUGAAUACAAUAUCUAUGGUGAGCAAAGCAGCGGUGCCCCCCUGGUUAUCCUCCCUCGCCCUUGUGCUCUUCUUUUUACAGUGCUGCCUGCACCCAUACAUUUAUGGCUACAUGCACCGCAGUGUGAGGAAAGAAUUCAUCGCUUUGCUCUGUGGGCUCCUCUGCAAGCAGAGUCAUCCCAACCAGAGCUCCGCCAUGGAGAGCUGCUACACCACGACAGAGGGACGCUCCGGUGCUCACCCUCACCUUCCCAGCCUGGCAUCCCGAGUCCUGCCCCUGCGGACAUGGGAAGAGUGCACAACGUCCUCGUCUCCCACUUCAGAGAGGAAGUCGAGAGACAGCCGGAAGGAGACCACCUCCACCAGCAUCAGUUCUGAGAGGGAGCUGCCGGUUCCCAGCAAACAAGGCACUUGAGCUGCAUUGUGUCAACAAACAUGGAUGUUCUCAACAGCUUCAUCCCAAAGCUGCCGACACUUACAGCUUACAACUUGAUCACUGAGACAUUGACCUUCAACUUUGUCAAAUGAUCAAGUUUCUUUGAAAAAGUAUUAACUCGUAUCUAUGUUAGUAGUUACUAGAAAUGGCUAUAGAAGAAUAAAAAACUGUAAAAUAUUGGUGUAUAUGUAGACUGACGAGUGUCCUUGUGGCCUACAUGUACUUUCCUGUAAAGCGACCAUUUGGUUUCCAGUAUUUGUAUCAAAAAAUGUAUGCAAAACUGAACUUGCUACUGUUAUUUGAAGCAUCUAAAGCUAGGGUAAUCAAGUGAGACCUUCAGAUACCCCGAUAAAUCUGCAGUAUGUGCACAACACCUUGAUCUCCUUUAAAAAUGUCUAUUGAUUGUGGUCAAGAUUGGUUGAGAGUGCAAUUACCUUUCAUAUCCGAUGAACUCAGGGUAUUUCUCGUGGAAAACUUUUUAAGUGCCCAUCUCCGUUCCUCAAAUCUUUUGUAUGUACAUUUUGUGUCUGCAUUUACUCUUUUUUUAGUCUAGAAGCGCCUUUUCAAAAAGUACACAACGUGACUCAUCGUGCCUUUCAGUUAAGACAACAUCGAAGUGUUAGUGAUUCCUUCUCAAUGGGACAGCCAACUGUCCUCGUUAAACUUUGUUCCGACUUUUCUUUUUUAUCUAGACGUUAGCUAUAGGGUAUUUACCUGCUAUGACAGUGUCACAUUCGGAUGUUCUGCCUUUGUGGAUUGUUUUAAACUCCAGAGAACACAGAGAGCAAGGUGUGACAUAAAUCUGACUGCAGUAGGCUUGCAUAAUUUAUUCAGUGUAGGCAGCAUGCCAAGAAAGCUUAUGUAACGUGUUUCUGAGAGUCCACUGAACAUAUGUACAUUUGUAAAAAACAGAAAAACUUCAUAUACCUGUGUUUUUAUUAGAAGUAUUAAAAAAGGCCUGCAGACGCCACAAAGAAGACUCUUGUAUACAUCAGUGCUAGAUGCGUGUCAUGACUCAUCUCUGAGAAACUAUUGCUGUGAGCUAAAGCAUCUUAGAUGUCUUACAAUAAAAGUGUUUUCAAACUUUUUUUUAGCCAAGUACCUUAAAAAAUAAUAUGAUAGACAAAACGUAAUUUUAUCACCUUGUUGUAUUAUUUUUAGUGGGACAAUUAGCGAUUAAUCAGCCCCAGUUUGGCUGAGAACCUCUGUUUGCUGGAUGAGUUAACAGGUGAAAAGUGAGCAGCAGUUUUAUAGUUGACAAUCAAAACUUGCAUUCUCUACGGAGCAGUAUGUAUUGCUGAAAUAUAACUGUUUUUGUCUUUAAAAAUCCACUUAUUUUGUGGUUUUGUUCACUUUUCUAUAUUUCAAUAUUCCAACCGUUUGAUGUUAAAUAAAAGUAAAUUAUAAAUCUGUGUACAUUUUUUGAACCUAAAAAAGACAGUUCUAGAGAUAAAUGUCAGGAUAACAAAAAAAAGCAAAUUUAUCACUUUUAAAAGACAAAACAAAAAACUAUAGUGGCUGUGGUUCAGGGGUGGAGCGGCUGCCUUAUGUAAGAAAGGUCACAUUUGAAUCCCGCUUUGCCUGCUUCUGCUUUGAAGUGCGAUUCACGAAUUUAAAUGUGUUUGAAUGGGUCUGUGACUGCAUAGCACUUCAGACCCUAAAAGACCCACUCCGAUGAAAAUGGUGUUUUUAAUAUGUGGCAUUUUUCUGAUGAUGGACAUAUAAAGAAAAUUAAUUUUAAAAUUGCAUUUCUGAGUAAUUCUUAUACAAAUCAUAUUCAAUCAGACGGGAAAAUGUUGGUUAAAAAAGCUGUGAUGUAGAUGCUACUACAGCAAACUACAAGCUUCCUCCUCCACUCCAUUCGGAGGCAUCCACUAGUACUAUAAUGACUCGAUACGUUUGUUUUCCUCGUCUAAAUUGGCACCUAGUUCAUAACUGUUCAUGUCAGACAUUGUUCUCCAUUUUUGUUGCACGGUUAAUGUUUGGUUUGGGGUGUGAGUGGCUAAGCUAGCUGGAGAAAGUGUAAACAAAAGGUUUGUUUAUUCUUUUAUUUUUGUAAUGCCAUGACAUGGACAUUAAAUAUGGAUUAAUGGUCUUUCGUUCAGAAACAAAUAAAAGGGAAUAUUAUUUAAUAUGAAAAAAAAGCAUUUUCUUUAGUAGCUCAAAGACAAUAGUACGUCUUUUUCCGUGGGUUACUUACACAUUAGAGAAACAGUCUCCACCUUCAAUGAAGCCACACCGCUUAAAGCAAACAGCAGCAGUGUUUAUUCUACCUAAUGGUUCACUCAUUAGAUCUAAAAGGAUGCUUCUCAACAGAAAGAAAGAACUUCAGAGUAUUAAUAUUUUACUAGGUGACAAUGUUUUUCGUGGCAAAUUCAUCACGUCUGAGAGACUGUCUUUAAUAUGCAACAUGUUGUAGCUUUGUGUGCUUCUUAACCUAAAACACUCAUGAUGUAGGCAAACUUAAACCCAAGAAAAUGAACAAGUAUCAUAGCAACAUCAGUAUUUUAUGUUUUAACUAUAUUACAGGCUGAUAUUCAGGAAUUUAAAGCCUAUUUUUAGAAUCAAAAUAAAAAAAACUUCAAAGUGGGAAUUGAUAAGGAUGACAAUCUUUAAGUAGCAUUCUCCCUCGCUCUCCUUCUCUAUACAAUAUAUGUACAUACUCAUUCAAUCAUUACAGAACAGGAAAUAAAAAAAAAGAAA